CCAUCUCUACUUUUGAAUGCCAUUUAAUGAAACACUUUGCUGGUGUGGAGAGAAAAUCGCAAAAUGAGUUUGAAUAAUCAUAUUCCGGAAACGUUUUGUGCUGAAAUUGAUGAUGAGAACGACUCUUUUCACUCCUUCGCUCAAAGCAGUAGCGAGCCAUCUGACUUGGGAUCGUUUUCCGACAUAGACGAUGGCCCCGAAGUUUCAGAUUCCUCUGCUGAGUUUGAGUUUAAUAAAAAUGCUAUCAAGAUUAAUCCAAAUCUUCGUGUUGAUUGUCAAGCUUCUGAGUCGCUUGCCACAAGUAGCUCCAGUGCAGGCGCUUCGGUGGCAAAGCCGAUCCAAUAUGAAUCACCAAAAGUGACUCCUUCGCGAAAUCCAUUAACAAUGUGCCAUCAUAUGGUGCCGAAGUUGGCAGGCAACUCUCAGAUGCCCGAUAUGGACCUCUUCAACAUGAACGCAUCUCCUUCAGUCAACCCAAUAAAGAAGGAUGCCCUAGAUAUAAGUCCCAAUACGGAGGCAUUGCAAAGGUUUGCCUUCACGGAAAUUUGGAUUGAAGAGCAGCAAAACUAUCCGGAACGUAAACGUUCGCUCACACGCGAAUUUACGGCUGCUUUAGAUGACUACUUUAAUACGAAAAACAUCGAUCAAUUUAAAAAUAUUUCGGUGGGGGAGCAACAGAAAGGCAAAAUUACCAAGCAGUUCUUUGGGGCCCCAAAUAAGUCGAGUAGCGGCCAAUCAGCUAGCUUUCAGACUACUCCCGAGAUCAAGAUGUACGUUUCGCCCUUUGAGGAUAUGCCAGUAGUGCCUGAGGAAAGUGUUUUACCUGGCCAAAAGCCACACAUCGUUGUACCGGCUGGUUACGAUUUAACUAAUCUUUGGGAGUACAAGAAUCCCAAUCACUGGCAUCGACGUCGCACCACCUUCAAUGAUUAUCACCCCUAACAAAAAUCUGUGCAAGCAGAAUGUUUGCAUUUCAGUUAAGUCACAUUGAUGUUUAUAUACUAAUUGUUUUCUAACUUUAGAGGCAUUAAUAAAAUUCUGGUUUCAGACACUUCUGAAAUAAUUAAA